AUGCCCCAAACUCCACACAUGGAUCGACGGCUCCAUGAGGCCAUCCUGAAAGGAGAGGUCCCUGCCUUCCAUGGUCUGAUUCAAGAAAAUGAACAUAUUAUUAAUCAAACAAUUCCAGGGUCGUUAAGCACCAUUUUACACUUAGCAUCACGUUUUGGGCACGUAGAAUUGGCUAAGGAGAUUGUGAAGUUGAGGCCGGAAUUGGUGUUCGAGGUGAAUGAGACGUUGGAGACCCCAUUGCAUGAAGCUUGCAGAGAAGGGAAGAUGGAAAUGGUGAAGUUCUUGGUGGAGACUGACCCUUGGCUGGUUUACAAGGUGAAUCAAGACAACGAGAGUGCCCUAAUUGUGGCAUGUGAAAGAGGGAAACUUGAUGUUGUGGACUAUCUCUUGAAUUUUCAAAAACUACUAAUGUUGGAACUUGAUGGCUUCACUACUUCUCUUCAUGUUGCAGCUGCAGGAGGUCAUACAGACAUUGUAAAGUUAAUCUUGAAGGCACGCCCGGAAUUUUCUGGGAAAAAGGAUGUUCAGGGAUGCACACCUUUACACCUAUGUUGCAAGAAAGGCCACCUUGAAGUAACCAGGGAGCUAUUGAGGUUUGACUCUGACCUCUCUUCCUUGCAAGACAAUGAUGGCCGAACCCCACUUCAUUGGGCAGCAAUCAAAGGAAGAGUGAACAUCAUCGACGAGAUACUCUCAACAAGUCUUGAAUCUGCUGAACUGAUUACUAAACAUGGAGAGACAGUUCUCCAUCUGGGGGUGAAAAACAAUCAAUAUGAAGCUGUUAAGUAUCUUACCGAGAUGCUCAACAUCACAAAGCUUGUUGACAAGCCGGAUAAUGACGGGAAUACAGUUCUGCAUCUAGCUACUGCUGGGAAGCUUAGUACUAUGGUCAUCUACUUAUUGAAGCUUGGUGCUGAUGUCAAUGCUAUAAACCGAAGGGGACAAACCGCUCUUGAUGUAGUUGAGUCUGAUGUGAGCAAUUCUGGUGCUCUUUUGAUUCUACCUGCAUUACACGAUGCUGGAGGCAGGAGAAGCGAUCAAUUGCCACCAAGUUCACUUGAACUUCAACUAAUAGAACAGGAAAAGAGUUUGCCUUCUUCAUCACCAAAGCGAAUGCCUGAAUAUACCACUAAGCAUCACCGUCGUUCUCAGCAUCGCCGCCGAGAGAAGCAGCUAGAGCUUCAGACUGAGGGUCUACGAAAUGCUCGUAACACGAUUACUGUUGUGGCAGUUUUGAUAGCCACCGUUACAUUUGCUGCUGGGAUAAACCCUCCGGGGGGUUUUAGACAAGAGACAGGGGAAAGCAUAAUGGGGAGGCAUACUUCUUUCAAGGUCUUUGUGGUGUGCAACAUCGUGGCAUUAUUCUUGUCCCUUGGCAUUGUUGUUUUCCUAGUCAGCAUUGUCCCAUUUCAGCGAAAAUCCAUGAUGAAAUUGUUGGCGGUGACACAUAAGGUUAUGUGGCUGUCCACGUCGUUCAUGGCGGCCGCUUAUAUUGCUGCCAUGUGGGCUACUUUGCCACACCGGCCAGGGCGGGGGAUGAAAUGGGUGUUUGUGGCAAUAGUGGCUAUUGGGGGAGGGUGCACCAUGGCAAUUUUUGUGGGCUUGGGGGUUAUGCUUGCAAAGCACUGGCUCAGGAAAUGGGAAUGGAGGCGAAGGAAGGAAAAAAGGAAGAACGAAAGCCCAACUAGUAGCGUCAGUCGUGUUGAAGAACUAGGUAUGAUGAGAAAAGGAAGCCACGACUCUAGUAAUUCAGAUGUUGAUAGCUCCGAUAAAGGGGGUUACCACUUGUAUUAG